CACUGGGGGUGCGUGGGGAGUGUGUGUGUUAGCGCUUUAGGGCAAAAGGCGGUUUCUCCAGCGGUUUUAAAGUCUUUCUGACUGAUGACGGAAAUCAGACGGAAUACUAAAGGAGGUCCGGCUCUUCCCUGAGGGUUGGACUUUCUUUUAUUCUGUGUUUUAUUUAUUGCGUACUGCUAUUGCCUACCUAAAAGUUCACAGGGAAGGAAGGAAAGAGGAGGUGGGGGAGGCGGGCUUGUCGGUGUCUGCACAUGAAAUAUCGCCAUGUUGGUGGAGAGCACGGCUGUAAUUAUUCCUAGCGAGGGCACUCCCAGCUAGGACCGCAGCUCGGGGAGCUUUUCAGCUCGCUCCCCGGCUUCCCUUCCAAUAUACCCCGAAAGUCCCCAGAGUCGCGGAGCCAAGCAGCCCCGCCGCCAACGGCGGCGAUACCCCCACCUUCCUUUCCCGCAACCCCGGCCCGGCGGGCUCCGCGGUAGGGCGGGGCGAACGCCCCGGGGGCUGCGCAGCCCACGGACCCCCCCCCCGCGGACAGCACCGCCCGCUUGCUUCCCCUCCCUGGGUGUACGGGGGGAGGGCGAUUCCAAGGGCUCGCAGCUCGCUAAACUGCUCUCAGCAAGCAAUGGGUUAAAAGCAAGGGGGGAAAAGAGGGUAGGAAAGAAAGAAAAAGAAAAAAACCUAGCCUGACUUUGCCUCUUGGAAAGCUUUAGGUUGCAGCCCUGCCUUCCAAGCAUUCUUUAAACUAGAAAUGUGGGAGGGACUCCCGGAGAGAGAGAGAGAUGGCUAUCAACUGAAUUCAUUACUGUAAACAUCUCCCUGGGGUGUCAGGCAGGGAGGAAAAAAACCGCAUGACUUACAUUAGCAGGGAAGAGUCAAAUCUGAGGCAUCACUACUGCUAAGAUCAGCCUGCAAUCCCAGCUGAAGGCAGGCGCAGGACUUGGAGAGAGCGACACACACACUCUCACAUAUACUCACAUAUAUGUGUCCGAUGCCGCCUUCGACUUCCAAGGGUCCGGGAUCCCCGUGCCUGCUCCUCAUGUGAUCCUUUCACCAUCUCGAGACGAUAGAAAGAAAAAAAAUUUAACAAAAACCAAGACCAGGCGCACCCGCGGUCCCUUCUCGUCUAUUUUCUACCGAAGAAAAAGGAACGGAGGGGGAAAGAGCGAGCGAACCGAGGCGAGAAAGUGCGUUGGGGAUGCCAGAGCCGCGGGUUGCGCGCCGGAGGAGGAGGUGGCGGAGAAGGGGAGACGACGAUGCCGCUGCCUCAUAAGGGCGGCGGGAGGCGCGGGGGUCGCUCCGGAGCGGCGGAGGCCGGCGGGGAGCAGGGCCGGCCGGGAGCGGCGCGGCGCGGAGGGCGGCGGCCACCACCGAGGAGCGGCGGCAGCGGCGGAAAAGUUUUGGUGUGGGGGGCCAGAGGCGCGGAGGGGGAUUAUGAUCGGUGCCGGCGAGGGAUUCUCAGACACCGUCAGGCAGGCCAGAUCUGGCAGAUAGCUGUUAUGAAGACUUUUCUGACUUCAGAAAGCUGAGUGUAACACCAACAGACUUCACUGAAAGGAAAUAUUAUCCCUCUGAGCAACUCAUACACUGAAGACUUUUGGUAGCUUUAAAUUAAUCUAUUGCUCACCCACAAAGACACAGCUAUUGUUUCUUUCAGCACACAUGGAGGAAGGCAACAAACUUCUUAACCCUGGCUAAUAAGACUGUGGCUUUCUUAUCAAAAGUAGGAGGUAGACCAAUUAUAAAAGGAUUAUUUUAUACUUAGCCUCCAGGACUUUAACUCUGGCCUGAACACUGGACAUGAAUAGAAGCCAAUUUUAAUGAUCUGAGAUUUUGCUACGUGUGCUUCAUUAUUGUUAUCACUUCUUUAACACUUUGGUACUUUAUUUCUUUAAAUUAGAAAUGGGUUUGUGGACUAGAAUGUGGCCCACAGAUUGGGCUGUUCUCAUGAAAUCAUGGCUUAUCUUUUUUUCCCUGGGGCUCUACAUGCAGGUUUCCAAAACUUUGGCCUGCCCAAAAGUGUGCCGCUGUGAUCGAAACUUUGUCUACUGUAAUGAGCGAAGCUUGACCUCAGUGCCUCUUGGGAUACCAGAGGGUGUAACCGUCCUCUACCUCCAUAAUAACCAAAUUAAUAAUGCUGGAUUUCCUGCAGAGUUGCACAAUGUCCAGUCUGUGCAUACAGUCUACCUGUAUGGCAACCAAUUGGAUGAAUUCCCCAUGAACCUGCCCAAGAAUGUCAGGAUUCUGCACCUGCAGGAAAACAACAUUCAGACAAUUUCUCGGGCUGCCCUUGCUCAGCUUUUGAAGCUGGAAGAGCUGCACCUGGAUGACAACUCCAUCUCCACUGUUGGUGUUGAGGAUGGGGCAUUCCAGGAAGCCAUCAGCCUCAAGCUUCUGUUCUUGUCCAAGAAUCACUUAAGCAGUGUACCAGUAGGCCUUCCAGUGGACUUACAAGAACUUCGAGUAGAUGAAAACCGAAUUGCUGUCAUUUCAGACCUGGCCUUCCAGAAUCUUACAAGUCUGGAGCGUCUGAUAGUGGAUGGCAAUCUUCUUACUAAUAAAGGCAUAGCUGAAGGUACCUUCAGCCACCUCUCCAAGCUCAAGGAAUUCUCAAUAGUGCGGAAUUCACUGACGUAUCCUCCUCCUGAUCUUCCAGGUACACAUCUGCUAAGGCUCUACUUACAGGACAACCAGAUAACCCAUAUACCACUUACAGCCUUUUCAAACCUCCACAAGCUGGAACGUCUUGAUAUUUCCAACAAUCAACUUCGGAUGUUGGUGAAGGGGGUAUUUGAUAAUCUCCACAACCUGAGGCAACUCACUGUAAGGAAUAAUCCCUGGUUGUGUGACUGCAGUAUUAAGUGGGUCACUGAAUGGCUCAAAUUUAUUCCUUCUUCUAUCAAUGUACGGGGUUUUAUGUGCCAGGGACCAGAGCAGGUCCGAGGCAUGGCAGUCAGGGAGCUCAAUAUGAAUAUGUUGUCAUGCCCCACCACCACCCCUGGUCUGCCACUUAUCAUCACCUCAGUCCCAGCUACAGCCAUGCCAACUACCUUAGUUCCCACAUCAUCAGUUCCUCUCCCAGGUACCAAAUAUAAUCUCACUCCCACCAUAGCCACACUCCCCACUGUGCCUGACAGGGAGAACAGAGAAAGGGUGACACCUCCUAUAUCUGAAAGGAUUCAACUCUCCAUCCAUUUUGUGAAUGAUACUUGCAUCCAAGUUAACUGGAUGUCUCUUUUUACUGUGAUGGCAUAUAAACUCACAUGGGUUAAAAUGGGCCAUAGUCUGGUAGGAGGAAUUGUUCAGGAACGAAUAGUCAGUGGUGAGAAACAACACUUAAGUUUGGUAAAUCUGGAGCCCAAAUCCACCUAUCGGAUUUGCUUGGUUCCACUGGAUACUUAUAACAGUUACCAAACUGGAGAAGACACUGUCUGUUCAGAAGCCACAACCAAGGCUUCCUUUUUGAGCAAUGGCAGCAACAUCCCCUCCAGCCAUGAGCAGACGACUUCUCAGAACCUGGGCUCGCCAUUUCUGCUGGCAGGGUUGAUUGGGGGUGCAGUGAUAUUUGUCCUCGUGGUCCUGCUCAGCAUUUUUUGCUGGCACAUGCACAAAAAAGGGCGUUACACCUCCCAGAAGUGGAAGUACAACCGGGGCCGUCGGAAAGAUGACUACUGCGAGGCAGGGACCAAGAAGGACAACUCCAUCCUGGAGAUGACGGAAACCAGCUUCCAGAUUGUCUCCUUAAAUAAUGAUCAGCUCCUUAAAGGAGAUUUCAGACUGCAGCCCAUUUAUACCCCAAACGGGGGCAUUAACUACACAGACUGCCACAUCCCCAACAAUAUGCGAUACUGCAACAGCAAUGUCUCAGACCUGGAGCACUGUCAUACGUGAUAGUGAAGGAAGAUGGGGGUGUCUAGGACAAAGAGAAAUAACUCUGGGAAAAAUAACCCCCCAACAAUAAAGAAAAAAUUACAUUUGAUAAAUGUUACACAGAUGCAUUUAUGCAUUUGAAUACUCUGUAAUUUAUACGGUGUACUAUAUAAUGGGAUAUAAAAAAAGUGCUAUCUUUUCUAUUUCAAGUUAAUUGCAAAUGGUUUUGUAACUCUUUGCUUUUUAAAUCUUAAAAAAAUAUUGCUAAGUACUGUACAGGGUUGUACAAUAAGAACCCAAUGUCAUGGCAAAGGAAAGAAUGACUCAUUCUUCAAACAUUAACCACUUUGCUGUCGAAGCUGUCUGAAGGAUGUUAAGUUUCUAGGUGUCCUGUAGUACAGGAGAAUAAGUGCAUAUUAAAACAGGGUCACUAGGAACAGAAAAAAGCAAUUCAGAUAAAAUGGGUACAACCCUUCUGACUUGAACCCAGCAAUUGUUGUUGAGCUUCAAACAAUUGGAAAUACUUCUGUUCCCCUUUGUCAGUUCUUCAUUUCCUACCUCCAACAGAAAACUGGAGUUCUGAGUGCUACCAAAAAGGUUAUGUUCUUGUUUGAUUAUUUUUUUCCCAAUAUACUUGGAAUAGGAAAGGUAGACAGAGCUCAGUGUCAAACUCAAAGUGACCUUGAUUCCUGUUUACAAAAGCUACCCUGAAAAUCGCCCCUAACACUAUAUACUUUUAUGAUAGAAACUGUUCCUGCUUUUCAUUUUGAUUAAGAAGCUUUAGGCAUUCUCUGACCCUUCUCAGAGGGAGAUGAAGGUUAUCAGUAUGUAUCAGAUAGCUGUCAUUAAGUUGCGCCUCUCUUUAAUAGAGCAGCAUUUGUUGAGUUUGGAAUCUAAAAGUGUAAAUUGCUGAAAACAUGGUGCAAAAAAUGAUGCCAAUGGAAAAGUUUCUAUUGACUUUUAUAGUUCAAGCCCUAUUUGAUUUUGGGGGUUGGAGUUCAGUAUGGAGAAGUAGGAAAAAAAAACCAAAACCAAAAAGCAAUGAACAAACAGAGAAAAAAAGAAAGAUCUUUUAAAAAUUAUUUAUUAUUAGAGGCCUGCAAGCCUGUUAUGAACUAUGUUCAGCAGAGAAAAUAAUGUAUAAAUUCUGUUUAUUUGUUUGUUUUUUCCUCCCCUAUUCAAGUAUACAGAGACAGACAUUAACUAAGCAUUCAAUUAGCUGAGGAAUUUUGAGAACAGAAGUACACACUGUCCCUCUGAGUUUCCUUUCUUUUAUCUUCAGCUUUUGGAAGAUUUCCACAAUGGUCUGUGCUUUAUAAGCAGUAGGUGGGCUUAGAAUUUGCUUUUUUAUUCCCUCAAAUUCUUUGGCUGGAAUACCUUCUGAGUCCUUGAGCUUUUCCCGCACUAUGCAAAACAUCAUGCUUGUGUUAAAACUGUGCUGCUGCUCUCAAAAUUAUAUAAUGUUCCAGCCACUCCAUUGACUCUGUGACUGCCAAGAACUCUCUUUUUCUUGCCAGCUCAGUGGUGAAAUCUAAUUAUUUCUUUCAGUUUGUUUUUCUAACGCAGCUCACUUUCUCCUGAGCUUGUGGACAAGCAAAAGUUCAAAACGAAGAGAAAAAAAAGAGAAAACUUUCCUGAGGGAACCAAAGAGAAAACCUUUUACAGUGACCAACUAGGACAAAGACAAGUUGUUAGAAGUGGAUUGGAAGUAAAGGCUGAAGCACUUUCACUAUGAAAUGCUUAGACUUUUCGCUUUAUGAGGCUGCUUAUGUUGGGAGAGAGGGUUUUAAUCCUUUCCUUUGCUCAUUUCACUCAACCCAUUCUUGAAACCCAGCAGUCUAUGAGUGUGCAGUUUCUAUGAUAAUACGCAUUUUCUGCGAUGGCAAAAUGAAUCCAGUUAUGAUUAAUGGCAAAGUACAAUCAUUGUAUAAGGAGCAGCAUUCUUCCCCAGUACCUUUUAUAAUCACAUUUGGAAAUUCCACUCUAUAUUCUGUAGAUUUGCUAUUUUUUCCAGCUAUAACAGGUAUUUUAGGAAAUCUGUAUGGCUACUGUAAUAGUAAAGUCACUGAAAUUUUACUGAAUAAAAGGCUGCCAUAUGAUUUCAAAUGGGGUAAUUCUAGGUAGAAACGUCUAUGCAAAGCGUUUUUUUCUGUGACCUGUUUACUGAAGAUUGUGAUGAGAAGGUUGAUACUUUUGUCUUGUUUGUUUAAUAUGUUUUAGGUGCUAAAGCCCACAAGACAAGCAGCAAAUAGUUGUGCUUAUGCACGCUUCCAUUGCAUGCUGGAGUUUGUUUGAAAUUACGUAGAGCCAGAGAUUCUCAUUGGGUGUGGAUGUAGUAUUUAAUUUCACUGAAAUAACUAUCUGUAUGUUUGAUUUCAAAAGGCAUCCUUUGAAAGUAUGCGCUUACUAGAAUUUCAUACUUCAAUGACUAGUGCUGGAGGAAUCUUUGUCCUCCUUGAUGAACAUCUUUUAUUCUAGUCCUCAGGAUACCAUAGUUUCAAAAUAAGCUAGGCGCCUUAGUUGUAGCAAAUUACUUAUUCAGGGAGUUCAGCCAUGAUGCAGGUGAAUGAUCCACAAGCCCAAACUGAUGACAAGAAGUGUGGUUACUGUCCUAACAGGGUGAAGACAGAAGGCUUUCACAAGCUGUUCUUUUUGAUCUCAGAUGAUGAAACAUAUGUAUCUCUCUGUGGACUAUUACUCAGAUCAAAAAUCAAAAUAAAGGUAGCAUAGUUUAUGCUUUUUUUCAGUAUGAAGAAGUAUAUAUAUAUUGGCAUGGCAUACUGACAAAGUCUCUUCUAUAAAUACUCUUUUGAAAAAAAGUAGCAAGCCACUUAUACCAAAAUUCGUGUUUAAAGCUGGAACUAUUAUCUAAAAAUUUCACAGCUGUAGUCAACUGAAAGGUCAUAUGUUUCAUUUGAAGAAUGUUUCUCCCAAUUCUAAUUGCUAUCCACCUGUGAAAGGGUUAAUGUAUUUCAACCUGCAGUAGAGUCCAGGACUUUCCAAAGUGCCAGACACACAAAUAGCUGAGACUUCAUUUCAGGUCACAACUAGGUAAGUACAUAAUGGACAAUUUUCACUAGGUAAAGUAUUUGGAACAAGUCAGAAUUAAAAAUGGGCAAUGAUCUUUUGGUGACGUAAAGUUUAAGAAUAGUAGCUCUUUGCUUAGGCUUCAUAAAAAUGGGGUCAUCUUCACUUAGUGCCAAUAUCUGACCACAGAUACUAACUAAAGGCUAUAGAGCAGAAGUCCCAAAUAUGUGGGUAUACAACUUAUCCAAAAUGUUAAUUUCCAGGUCCUGAAUUGAACAGGUUCAUUGGAUCUGGAGGAAAAUGAGUGGUUUACAGACAAAAUCUCACCCCUCUUCUAUUGUAUACUGUUAAUAGCUGGCAUGAAUGUACAGAAAGGAUUGGUGAGUGGAAUAAAUUAAAAGUUUAAGUGAAAUUAUGUUAAAGUAGUAUCACAACUAAUAUGUUGUGAUACUGCUGUGCCCAGUCCUUGGGUUCCUUCUGAAGACUUAUUUGCAAACAGGUCCUCGUUUUCACAGGUGCUGUCACUGUAACAAGUGUUCCUUGCAUGUAGCUUUGCUGGCAGAAAUGGACACCUGAUGAAUGCAUGGACUUUGUGUUAACAGGUUCUUAUUGGAGACAUUAUUAUUGAAUUUAUUCAUAAGAAUAUCUAGGGAUUGGGUUAUUUUGGACAGAAAAGUUGUUAGCAGUUUUCCCUGUAAGCCAAUAAAGGACUAUGAUGAAUGUCAGUAAAACAGAAAAAUGAAGUAGCAUAUUCUGUUUGCUACUAGGGUAGCUCAACUGUAUUUUUCUCUCAAUCAUUUUCUCUUUUCAUGAGAGAAAAUUUCUCCCUCUGAGAAAUGUAUUGAUUUUAAUUUUGCAAAAAAACCAACUUUAUGCAUAUUGUGGUGUCGUUAUGGUUUUAAGGGUCUACAUAAGGCACUUUAUUAAUGAUAUUGAAGUGAAAUCUCAGUCUCGGCUUUUGACAGUGAAGUGGUUAAUUCCCAUUGAGUUCUCCAUUUAUAGUACUUCUUCACCUUAAAUUUAACAUGGAGAUAUUAAAGUUUUUACUUUAGAACAUGAGAAUGAUGGUUUUACUUAUGACUUAUCUUUCCAGCUCAGUGGAAAAACAAAAUAGAAAUGAGUGCCAAAACCAAAAUUUACUGGCUCUGAGCCUCAUCAAAUCCUGCCUGGUGCUCUCUUCUAAACACAGAGAUAAUCCUAGGAAGCUUAUGACCACUCCUUCCCUGAACUCUACUGAACAGGGCACUUUGUAUCCCAGAUGAUACUACAGGCAAUAUUGAAGCAUUUGGCAUUAAACUUUUGUACAGCAAACAAUGUCUUGCUCUUUAAAAGGACACUGGCUAGUGGUCCAUCUGGAAAACUAGUACAAAAUUGAUUUGGCAAGCUUUUAUUAUGCUGGGGCUCUGUGGAAAUGUGCCUCAUGAGAGCUGAAUUCUGAUACAGAUAAGCUUCUAAAAAAAAUGUUGUCUUCACUUGGUCCCAAAUAACUGAAGAUGAUCUUUCAUAAAAUUGAAUUUAACUGAGACCUGCACACUUGAUUCUGUUCUGUGUUUGAUAUAUUUUAUAUCUUUAACAUGGAAAAAUAGAUGGUUUGAAGUCUGCGUUAUCUGUUUUCUGCAAUCUGCCAUGUUGCACGCAUUGUUAACUUCAAAACCUCACUAUACACUAUAUAUUAUCUUGUUGACAUAUUCAGUAAAGAGUUAUUUAAAAAAUACAACAAUCCUGCUGUAUUUAUAUGAAGAAGUUAAUUAAAAUAAGGAUUUGAAUAUCUGAAAGGGAAAACAGAAAAACAAAAAUAUUGAUCUUCUGUGCUUUCAUUCCUGGAAAUGUUUUCAAACAUUCUACUGUAUGUCCACACUCUCUUCAGAUUCUAGAAAACAAAUAUUUUCAUCUCUCUCUCUCAAAGAGUUAAACCAUUUGUUACUUCAAUUUGUCAGAUUUAUCUUUAUAAGACUAUCUCAUUCUGAUAUACAUAUAGGAAAGCACUGUAAAACAGGAACAGAUUGUAUUCCAGUGUUUUCAUUAAAUAGGUACACUUAAGCAGCUGUACAUGUCUAUAACAAAUACAUAUAUGUGGAAGCUGUGACCAAUUAUGUGCAUAGUCAUUUGGUACAUGCAUUUUUCAUUCAUCCUUGACAAUCUUAAACAUUUUACCUAAUAUUAUCUGUUUCCUUGAAAUGAGAUGUGAUUUUUUUCCAAUUCUCCCUUCAAACUUGUUCUUAAAUUCUCAGAAUGCACAAUAUUCAGACAUAGGCCUUAAUAAAUUUUUGUAUAUCUUAUACCUAACAUAUAUGGUAAUAUAUUCAGCAUAUCUAAAGAGAUGCUUUAGCUAUUUAGAAAUGAAAAUUACCCCUUUUCUAGUUACAUACACAAGAACUAAUUUUAAGCAUUGCCAGAACUGGAAAUAUUGGAUGUUACUGUGUCACUUAGAAGCUUAGAAAUGUAAUAUAGCUGAGUGUCACAAUUUCCCUAUAAAUUCUUAUUCUCUGACUUAACCCUCAAUAUUAAAUAAAAAUACGGAGAGCUGCUGUGCAAUACGUCCACAUCUAGCCCCUUCACCACCUUAUUCCAUGAACUUGACAUUUUUUCUGAGCCAUAUUAGACGUUGGGAAGUAAACCGUCUUGCCUUACCACAGGAAGGUGGACAAAAUAGGUAAAUGACAAACACUUACCAUCACUUAUGUACUUCUGGCAAAAAUAAUGGCAUCAUCACUUUCAAUUGAGGAUUUUACAUUAUCUCAAAAAAGAAGAAAUUUGAUAAACACUAACUACUUCAUCAGAUAAUCUUGUAACAACUCAAAAUGAUUUAUUGUUGUAGAGAUCAAUCUUUGUAUUUACUUUUUAUAGUUCCAAACUCAGUUAUCUGGAGCUGUUUACACACAUGUGCAUGUGUGUAUAAAUUCCUGGGGGUUGCAUAUAGAAGGUUUAGCUAUAAGGAACUCACAAAGCAAGCACGUGGAGGAUUAUUUUUCGUUAUUGUUCAGCCAACAUUUUUCACUAUUUAAUUUUAAAAAGAGUUCUUUCUUCUACUUAAAAUUAAUUUUUCUAAAGAAUUCUUGUGUCUAAGAUGAUUUAUGGUGCCACAUGGAGAAAUUACAUUCUGUUAUUAAAGUAUGAAACAAAGGUUUUAAUUCUACUUGAAGUGCCAUGGUCUGUGAAGGUUCAAACUAAAAAUCACUAAGCAAUUUAUGUUACACAGAUAGAGACUCAGUGAACUUUUAAACAAUAAUUUACAUUCCUAAAACAAAUUAGUACACUCUUACAAUGAAAUCCUGACCCCACUUAUUUCAACUAUAAAUCAGAAUGCUUACAGGAGUACUAUAUGUCAGAAACAUUAUUAAUAAACACCCAGUACUACACAUUGCAUAAUAUAUCACAUGAUGUAUCCCCUAGUGAAAAACAUUAACUGGGAGAGACAGGCAUUAGGCCUGUGCACCUCUUUUGAAAAGCUAGGGGAGCAGCAAAGUAGGCUUUACUGAAAUGGACCUUUAAAGCCACAAACAGGCCACCGAACAUAGCAAGAAUGUUCUUUUGCGCAUAAACACACACAUUUUCUGCUUACAACUCCAUAUUAUGGCUAACAUAUAUGACUGAAAAAAAUGCAUGUAUAAAUAUUAAGAGCUUAUUAGUACAGUUACAUUUUGGUAGGGAUACGUCAUGUGGAAUAAGAAGAAUCUGUGCACUGGCUCUACUAUUUACCUUCCUGUGUAUAGAAAGGAUUCAUAUACAGAAGGAAGAAACAAAAAAAUAAGAAAAGUAAUGCUGAUUACAGUGCCUUGAAGAACAAAGAUGGUGUGUAAACUAUUGCAGAAAAUCCAACUCAAACACGUGUGUGUCUACAACUUUAACAUGCUCUGUGCAGAACUGAGAAGUGUCCAUGAUAAAUACUAGUCAGAGUGCUAAGCUGAACACGACCGUUCUUGAAAAGCACAAUUGCCAGUAAGAUUCUAUUCAAAUGGUGUAUUUCUUGAGUCCAAACCAUAUUUCCACUCCUACAGUCUUUGAACAAGUGAUCACACAGAUAAAUAAAAUUCUAUGUGAUUGGGAUUGGAACAAUG